AUGGAAAUCACAGAAGAAGAUGCCAAAGCUUACAUAACUUUGAAAAGGAAGCUUUCCCCUCAGAAACCUACAUAUACUGCGACUUCUUACACCGUCGAAGCUAGCGAUGUUCACAGUCAAACAGCUAUACCACGACAAACAUCGGAUUUUGAUUCAGGUGGAAUAGGCAGCCCACCUAAAAAGAGACUUUUCGUUGCUGUCGACGCAGACGGGAAUCAAGUUCAGGUUGAGGUUCCUCACAGCGCCCUACCCGAAGGGGUCAACCCCGAUGACGCGAAUUCAUACAUAGUUAACGCCGAGGAUAUUAAUCUGGAUUUAUCUUCGUACUCGUAUUCUGUAGUGGUUGACGGAAUUGUCGAAGAUGUUGACUUGAACGACUGCCAGUAUACAGAGGAGCCCGUCAAAGGGGUGUUGAAAGCUGAUGAGUUGGACGAAGGCGAGAGUGAGAGUGGCGAUGAUCACGACGACUCGGAAGAAAAAGAAACAAGUUACAUUAUCCCGGAACCAGACGAUGCUGAUCCAAUGUUCAAGUCUAAUUACCGCAUGAGCCGUAUAGUUGCUUCGGAGCUGAUGGACAAAAUUGGUUCUCACCCCAAGAUGAAUGGAAGAGUGCAAACCCUGGAGCAAAAAGUCCUGGCCUCUCUGUUUCUGCUGGGCAAUAAGACCAGCUACAUCGUUGCCUCGGACAAGUUCUGCAUGUCCAAGGGAUCGCUGUAUUUGACACUUAAGAACUUUUGCCAGGUACUCACGGAGAUGCGUAGCGACUACAUCAAGUGGCCUUCGGAUCAGAUAGGACUUCGCAGUAUAGCUCAAGAGUUUGAGCAAGAAACUGGUAUGCCAGGAGUUGUAGGAGCCAUUGAUGGUAUCCACUUUCCAAUCAAGCAGAAGUCCCGCCUGGCGCAUGCCUACCGCAACAACCAAAACUACCUUAGCAUACACAUGCAGGCAGUUUGUGAUGCCAAACUGAUGUUUCUGGACGUCCACUGUGGCAACCCAGGCUCGGUGGAUGAUGAAACAGUCUACAGGUCCUGUGACUUGCGAGACAAGCUUCUCCACGAUCCUCUUCCUGCUGAUCUGCAUCUGGUCGGAGACUCAGGAUACCCCUUGGAGCCUUUUAUGUUGACGCCCUAUCCCGGUGACUGUCGCCGGCUGACACCGUCACAGAGGGAGUUUAAUGAAAGGCAUCAUAAUGCACUGCUAGCCGUCAAACUCUCCCUACAGCUCCUGCAAGGGAGGUUCCAGCGCCUGAAGUUUCUGGACAUGGAGAGGGAGUCAGAUAUACCGGUCACCAUCGUUGCUUGCUGCGUUCUUCACUGCUUCCUGCUGCAAGAGGAAUGUGAGGAUGAUGAGGAGUUCAUGGACUUCACAGACAUGGAUCCGAACCCAGACAUCAACAAGUCGGAGAAAGAGCUGCGGGCAUUGUGUAAUCAUUACCAGCCAGAGGCCGCUAGCAAGAGAGAUGUUCUAGCUAAUCUCAUUAGUCCUGUUCAGUGUUAA